AUGGCCGCGGCGGAACUCGUUCAGAAAUCUAAAAUUAAGGAAGAAAAAGAAGACAUUAUGGUGAUGGACACAAAAUUAAAAAUUAUUGACAUCUUAAAGUUUAUUUUAAAUGUUAGAUUAGACUAUAGAAUCACCUGUUUAUUGUCUAUUUUUAAACAAGAGCACGACGUAAAUUCCACGCCCAAAUUAACGGAUGGUCUAGAUUUAGAAAGUAUCGCUACACAAGCUGAGGAUAUCUUCGGUGGAAGUACGGAGACAGCUGAACUAGAUUUAGAUGGUCAGGGAGGAAAGAUGUUUCUACGUGUAUUAUUGAGUCUGGUAAUGCAUGACUACCCUUCGCUGGUCUCCGGAGCUCUACAACUAUUAUUCCGUCAUUUCAGUCAACGUCAAGAAGUUUUACAGGCUUUUAAACAGGUGAGAUUAGAUUGA